GACGAUCUCGGGGACGAAAUCAAUGCUAACAGGCUUGCGAGUUAGCAGUUAGUUAAUUAAGUCGGCGUUAUUGGAUCAUGGAAGCCAAGCACCCCUCCCCAGUAGCAUCCCCUCGACGCAAUCGUGACUACACCGCCCUACACGAGCGUCGUAGAGCUCGACUCUUACUCCGGCACACGAGCGUUGCGAGCAUUGCGAGGGUGGACGCCGUAGGGCUUGCACAACCUGCCAGACGUUUUAAUUAGAGGUGGAGUGCCGGCAGCCCGAAAAAAUGAACGAUUACAGCUAUGGCGCGAGAUACGGAAGAGAGGACGGACGAGGCAGACGGAACAGGGACGAGGCCGAGGGCGAAGAACGGGACAAAAGGACCGCCAUGCAGCGGCUCGACAGCAUCCAGGAUCCUGGGAAACGCUAUCUCCUGAGAGAAUGCAUCGGUUUCGGCGUCUGCGGGGACGUGUACGACGCCAUCGAUCAGAACGCGGGUAACAAGAGGGUCGCGGUCAAAGUGCAGAAGCUGACGGCCGAGUCGCAGCCGUUCAUCGUCGAGGAGUACAAGGUCCUGCGAAGCUUAGCGUCCCACCCGAACCUGCCGGACUUUUACGGAAUUUAUCGGAAGAGGUCCGGCAAGAAGACCGAGUACGAUCAAAUAUGGUUCGUCAUGGAGCUUUGCGACGGCGGCACGGCGCUCGACCUCGCCAAGGGACUCCUCAGGAUGGACAAGAAGCUGAGGGAGGAGCACAUAGGCCACAUACUGAAGGAGGUGUGCAAGGCGAUCAUCUACCUGCACGAGAACAACGUGAUGCAUCGCGAUAUACGCGCGAGCAACAUCCUGCUGACCAAGGAAGGCGAAGUGAAGCUGGUCGAUUUCGGACUGUCAAGAGCGGUCCAGGGGGAAAUGGGGAAAAGGUACACGUGCGUGGGAUCGCCGUGCUGGAUGGCACCGGAAGUCGCGAGCAGCAAGGAGAACAGCUCCAGCAGCGGCUACGGGAAUCGUGCCGACGUCUGGGCGAUCGGGAUCACGGCGAUCGAGCUGGCCGAAGGGAAGCCGCCCUUCCAGGACAUGCACCCUACGAGAGCCCUCUUCCAAAUCGUCCGCAACCCGCCGCCGCAUCUGUACAGGCAGUCGAACUGGUCGCAAAACUUCAACGACUUCAUAGCAGAGUGUCUCGAGAAGAAUCCCGAAAACAGGCCGUUCAUGGUGGAAAUAUUCGAGCAUCCUUUCCUAACGGAGCUGACCGACAACGAUUACAUGAUGGCGCAAGAGCUCAAGGUGCUGAUGACGGACGCCUGUCCGAUAGGCAAGCUGGAGAGGAGAGCGGAAGUGCUGGUUCGAAGGGGAUUCCUCAAGAUGCAUCAGACCGAUCCUCUGGAGCCCAUGUUCAUGGAAGACAUCGCGGCGCUCGAAGUGCUGACGGAGGACGCGAUCCUGGACGAGCUUCACGAGAGGCUGAGGCAAGGCUACUUCCACAGUUUCGUCGGGGACAUUCUUCUGAUCCUGAAUCCGAACGAGUCGCAGGACAUUUACGGAUUGGACUACCACACGAAGUACCAGUUCAAGUCGCGGUCGGAUAACGCGCCGCACGUGUACUCCGUGGCCGACAGCGCUUACCAGGACGUGUUACACAACGAGGAACCGCAGCACAUUCUGCUGGCGGGCGAGAGCAAUUCGGGCAAGACGACGAACAUGCUGCACCUGGUCCGACAGCUGAUGUAUCUCGGCAAAAGCUUGCAGGACAUAGGGUCCAGAGUGUUCCGGGCGAUCAAAGUGAUCCACGCGUUCAGCAACGCGGCCACCCCUCUGAACCCUAACUCGACCAGAUGUAUCCUGCAAGUGCAGACGACGUUCGGGUCCUCCGGGAAAGCGUCCGGCGGCAUAUUCUGCCUGUAUCAGCUCGAGAAGUGGCGCGUUUCCACGCGGGACAGGAACCAGUCGAACUUCCACAUGUUCUACUACUUUUACGACGGUCUGGACGCGAUCAACAAAUUGGGCCUGUACAAUUUAUCGCCGGGAAGAAGGGCUCGAUACCUUCGCACAAGCGACAAGGGCACCGAGCGCAAGCGGUCGUUCAAAGUACGGAACGAUCCACGGGGGAACGUCGUCAAGUUCGAGGAGAUCAAGGAGCAUCUUCGAGUCCUCGAGAUGGAGGAGUACUGCGAGACCAUUUGGAAAACGUUGGCAGCGAUCCUACUUUUGGGCGAGAUCCGAUUCGUCGAAGGCAACAACGGAGAGGCCGAGAUGGACAACCAUGAGCCAGCUUUCAAAGUGGCCCAGCUGUUGAACCUGGAUGAGAAGAAGUUCUCCUGGGCGUUGAUCAACUAUUGCGUGCUCAUAAGGGGCAGCGUGGUGCGCAGGAAGCACUCCUGCGAGGAGGCGAAGGAGGCGAGGGACGUGCUGGCCAACACGAUCUACCAGCGGCUGGUCGACUGGGUAGUGAACACCAUCAAUGUGAAGUUUACAGUCACCCGCGCGUUAUUCGGCGACAAGUACGUGGUCAACGUGAUGGAUCUUUUUGGGUUCGAGUGCAUCGCGGUGAACCAGCUCGAGCAGCUGAUAGUGAACACCAUGAACGAACAGAUGCAAUGCUACUACAACCAGAGGGUGUUCGCCUGGGAAAUGCAAGAGCUAGACGAGGAGGAGAUACCCGGCCAGCGUCUGCACUUCUACGACAACAAGGAAGCGAUCGAUCAGCUGAUGAGCAAGGACAGGGGUUUGUUCAGCAUAAUCGACGAGGCGUCGAAGAACAUGCUCGAUUAUCAGUUCAUUCUCGAGAAGAUACAGCAACAGUCGAACAACCUGUUCGUCAAACCGGUGAGCUCGCACGAGUUCACGGUCGCCCAUUACACGGGGAAGGUGAUGUACGACGCCAGCGAGAUAGCCGAGAAGAAUCGGGACUUCGUUUCGCCCGAUAUGAUCGAGACUUUCAGGCUGUCCAGCCUGGAGCUGGUCCAGGAGAUGUUCACCAAUAAGCUGACCAAAUCCGGCAGCCUGACCAUCAUCGUCGAACAUCCGAAGGUCUCGGAGAAGACGACGAGCAAAGGGAAAUGGGGCGCUUUGAUGCAGGAGACUUCCAAGCCGAGGAGGUUUAACACCGCGUCCCGAGGCCAGUUCUCGCAAUCGAGGAGAAUGCGAACAUCUGCGGCCACGUUCAAAUCGGUCAGUCUCGAGAUCCUGAAGAAUCUCUCGGUAGGUGCCGGGAACGGUGGGGUUCACUUCGUCAGGUGCAUCAGGUCGGACCUCGAAGGGGCGCCACGUGGCUUCUACAGAGAGGUCGUGAGACAGCAGAUCAGGGCCUUGGCGAUUCUGGACACCGCGAAAGGCAGGCAACGCGGCUACCCGUGUAGGAUAUCGUUUCAGGAGUUCCUCCGAAGGUAUCAGUUUCUCGCAUUCGAUUUCGACGAGACCGUAGAAGUCACCAAAGACAACUGUCGUUUGCUCUUGAUCCGAUUGAAAAUGGAAGGCUGGAUGCUCGGGAAGUCCAAGGUCUUCCUGAAGUACUACAACGAGGAGUAUCUGUCGCGGCUGUACGAGACGCAGGUGAAAAAGAUCAUAAAGGUUCAAUGUAUGAUGCGAGCUUUCCUAGCGAAGAAGAACAUAGCGACGAAGAUCACGGAUUUAACGAAGAAAGAACUUGCGAAGCAAGCGUCCUUAAGAAGGAUGGCGACGGUGGAGAUAACGGAGGAGGAGGCGGCGCUGAUAUUGCAGAAAGCGUACAGGGGUCACUUAGUGAGGAGGGAGUACGGACCCCUUCUCGGCAAGUCUCACUUGACACCGGAGACGAUGGAUAUGAUGAAAUUUUACAGCAGCAAAUGGAGAUCGAAGAGCAUGUUCCAAGUCCUCCUACAUUACCGUGCAGCCCGUUAUCAAGACCUCGUGCAAUUCUCGCAACAAGUGCAUUUGUUCAAUCAAGCGACGAUAGCGACGCUCGAGGUGAUGAAUGACGAAAUGGUACCAUUGGACAGGAUCGACACGAACAUUUCACCGCAAUCAUACUUAGGCCAGCUGAAACCACCCCAAGUGCACAAGCUACCGUUCAACUUUUAUAACGAGUUACCCUACUUCGAAAUGACGGGUAACAGUGAACAGGAAUGUCUUGGAUCCGCGACGUCGUUGGUGUCUGACGACGAGCACGAGGCCUGGGACGCGCCAUUACGGAGACAUACGAUGCCUUGGGCCAUCAACAACGCUCGUACCAGAGACGUCGAGGUGCAAACGACGAACUCGCCACAUCGAGUGGCACAGCCGAGCAGCGAGGGGAAGAGUCUGAUCGACACUCCGUUUUCCAGGGACCCGAAUACCGCGGUCCGAGUUCCGCCGCAACGAACGACCGAAAUCGGAACGGGUAACUCCGGAUAUCAACAUACUUCUUCGAGCCAUCGUAGUCCCGCGCCAACUGUCCACCCUCAUAAUCCUCACUCAAACGAUUAUGAUACCGCCGAGUCGACACGUUCUAAAAAUAACGCACCACCACCACCUCCGUUCGAUCAGACACAAUCGCCCACGCCCCCACGCAUCGAUCCUUACAGCACGAACUCACGCAGGAAAAGCAACCCCGGUAUGAGCGAGAUGGAAUUCGAGGACAGGACGAACAGAAACCCCAGCAACCCUAAUCGCAUCAAUCCGAUCCAGGAAAUGCAGAUGAUCGGACGCAGGAACAACAACGACGACGAGGACGCCGACGAGCCUCCGUUCAACUUUCAGGCUAUGCUGAGGAAAACGAGCCAUCAGCGGGCGUCGAUGAAGCGCAAUCCCAUCUACGACAGCUAUUCACCGUCGCCACUGCCAAGUUUGGGACAUCGUGGAAGCCGCGAAUUCGAAUCGAACGUCGUCUACAGAAGCAAAGACUCUGUAGCUCGCAGAGACUCGUCCGAGUGGAGUCCCAACGAUAUGGUACGGAUGUCCGAAAAGUAUAGCAGGGAGGUUGCCUGGGGCGAGGAACGAUCCGACGAUCGGAUCAACGCUGCUGCCUCGGAUAGUGUCACCACCGCCGAGAUUGCGCCGGGAAUCGUUAUCGAGGGUUACGUGGCCGAGUUGUAAAAUUCGAGCCAACAACCGAAAAACUUCUUGCGCGUCGAGCCAGAAUAAAAACUGGAUCAGUUGGAAUUGCUAAUAUACCGCGAGAAGUCAAGAGAGGAUGAUAGAGGGAAAAAGAGAAAGAGAGAGAGAGAGAGAGAGAGAGAGAGAGA